AUGGGUGACAUAGGGCGACUGCGACAAAAUGUAAACGUCAACAAGAAUGCGUACGGCGGGAAAGUGUGUGUGGUGUACAGUGAAAGCCUGGAUUUCGAAAAUGUAAGUUGAAAUUUCUUUAUAAACUAGGCUUUUCCAUUUUAUUUCAAGUUUUUCUACUCAUUAUUUGCAGGAAGGCCCGCAAAAAGCAAAAACAAUCUUCAAACCAAAUGACAAAGUGAUCACAGAGCAGCCCGUCAAUCGAUAUUGGGACAAUAUAUUGGUUCCUAAUGGCAAAAACAAAAAAGUAAAAGAUCCGGCGAACGGAGGGAAGGAUCCACACAAGGAAUUUGUGGAAAAGGCGGUAGCGGACGAGAAACCGGAUCUAAGCGAGGACAGAGGUUACUAUUGCUGUACAUAG